CACAAACUGACAAAAAACUUAGCUUAUUCCAGAAGCACUUUUUCCAGAAGCUCAUAGUUUCGGUUCAGAGAGUGAUAGAGUUGCUUUGAGAAAUCCGGAGAUGGGAUCUGGCGCCGGCAGCUUCCUCAAAGUGCUUCUCAAGAACUUCGACGUUCUUGCUGGGCCUGUGGUUAGCCUUGUUUAUCCGCUAUACGCAUCGAUUCGAGCGAUAGAGACGCAGUCUCCGACCGACGAUCGCCAAUGGCUGACUUAUUGGAUUCUGUAUUCCAUGAUUACUCUGAUUGAACUCACCUUUGCCAAAGUCAUUGAGUGGAUUCCAAUCUGGUCGUACGCUAAGCUGAUUGCGACUGGUUGGUUGGUCCUCCCGUACACAAAUGGUGCUGCAUACGUUUAUGAACAUUAUAUCCGGCCUUUCUUUCUCAAUCCGCAUAAAAUUAACAUUUGGUAUGUUCCGAGGAAGAAGGCUGACCCAGACAACAUUUUAGAUGCUGCGGAGAAAUACAUUGCAGAGAAUGGGACUGAAGCUUUCGAGAAGAUCAUCCAAAGGGCUGAUAACAACCAGAGGAGCGUGGGAUCCGUCUAUCAUAGGGGAUCUGUCUUUGAUGAGGACCUUAGGUACUAUCGAGAAUAUUAGUUGUGGUACGUUUCGUUGCAUCUUGUCCUGCGGUGUUGUAGAGAAAGACAAUGUUUCUGUUACCUUUUCCGUAGCUUAUAGCGUAUCUAUAUCUUUCGGUUUUGUCAAGGAUACUGAAUGUUCCUAGUUUAUUAACAUGUAGUUAUCAUGGUUCGACGACGUCA